UUUGAUCGCGAUUGGCGGCGCAAUCGAAGGAAGUCGACGUCAAUUUAAAAUUAGCUACGUAGAAUCUACAAUCAUCUUCCUCGAUGUUAACGGACGGAAAAUUGCAGAUGUCUGCAAAGAUUAGGUGAGUUAGCGAUUCUGUUUAAGGAAUGGAUAGCAAUGGCUAUGGCUAUGGAAGGAAUUGCAGUCAAAUUACCUAUGAAGGAAGAGAGUAAUGGUGGAAGCAGUUUGAGAUUUAUGAAAAGCUGCCAGAUAAGUUUCGUGGUUUACAGAUGCCUUUUUCUGUUGUUCUGCGUGCUGCUCUCCAGAGUUCUUCUGCAGAAUUUACGGCGCUCCAAUGGCGUCUUGUUUUUUUUAAAUGGCGGUCAAGGAGAAGAAAUGGAGUUCACGGUGGGGGUUCGGAGCAAUAAAUUUGUGGAGGUGCCGCAGAUUAUAUGGGGGCUCAACAAUCAGAAGAUUGCUCUGGCAAGGGCUGCUCUUACGGCGAGGAAAUUGAACAGGACUCUGCUCAUGCCUAAGCUUAGUGCUUCUUUGUUUUACAAAAACACGGAUCUGCUCCAGCCGAUUCCUUUUGACAAAAUAUUUUCUUUGGAUCGUUUCAAUUCUCGCUGCCGCGGGUUUGUUCAAAUCGCCCGCGGCUCGAAACCCCGGGAGGCUUUCGUUGUGCGGAAGGGAAGUGGAAGGCGGUGGACUGCUUCUAAGGAUUUGGCUCAGCUGGAUGAAUGUGUUCGAAACCCUGAUAUUGACCGGCAUGAGGUUAUUAGAUUAGAGGGAAAACAUCCUUUUCUGUGGCAUGACCACUGGCCUGUAAAUGACUAUGCCUCUGUUUUUGAAUGUCUUGAUUUGGUGGACGAAUUGUCCGCAGAGGCUUCGGGAGUCGUGGCCAAGCUUAGGGCGAUUCAAAAUUCGACCAAAUAUGUGGCCGUGCAUAUGAGAAUUGAGAAGGAUUGGAUGAUUCACUGCAAGAAAGUAGAGAAUAGGGCAAAAAUCAAAGAGGGAAAGAAUUUGAGAAUUUGCAGCAGCAGGGAAGAAAUUAUGCAGAGGGUUUCGAAAAUUCCUGGGCUGGAGAAGCCCUCCGUUGUUUAUUUGGCCGUGGCGGAUGAUCUUUUGGAGGACAAGACUUUGCUGGAGGGAUGGAGCCAGGGUUUGGUUCCGUACGAAAAGAAAAAUCUCGGAGUGGUGAGUACCUAUGCCAAGUACCCUUAUUUGAUAAAGUCUGCCAUUGAUUAUGAAGUGUGCCUGCAAGCUGACGUUUUCGUGGGGAAUAGUUUUUCUACUUUUUCUAGCCUGGUAGUGUUACAGAGAACCGUGAGAAAAAAGAGGGGUAAUUUUGGUAAUGGCUGUGAAGGUACAUACGCUUAUAAUUUAGAGGGCCCUGGGGGAGGAUCUCAGAGAUGGGCGACCAAUAUGUCGGAUUCGAGCCUGGCUGCAAUUAGCUAUGGAUCUAAUCACGUAUCUUGCACAUAACAGAGAAAUUUGUAUUUUAAGUGAAUGAUUUUGGAUUCCCCUGCACUUUUUGUCGAGCUGGAAUCCGAAAGGAUAUGCUGGCUGCUUUACCAGGUACUGAGUACCAUACCUUUGACAACGAUGGGGGCUUGUAUGUGUCAGGAAACCCUAUUUUGUUUUACAGUGCAGAGCAAUUCAGUCCCUUUCGCCCCUGUACCGUUGAUGGGUAUCGUGAUUUAUACUUGUAUGCCUGUGUUGGAAGACGGGAUCGAUGUUGAAUCAAUUGAUCUGACUUAUAGAUUUCAAACUUAUUUAAUUCUUUUAAUGCAGCACGCUGUACUUCAAUCGAGUUGGCCUUCAGCUGUGCGAAGAACACGACGUUGAUAGUGGCUUCUGCGAUUGUUUCAUUUGAUUUUGACAUUAAAUUGGGUAUCAGCCACAUCUAUAAAUCCUUGAAAUCUGAGCCAAAUGACAGAAACUUGGUAGAUUUAUUGGUUUGUUUUUUUUGCUUUUGAAUCAAAGCUCAAAAUUUAAUGUAUCAGAGGAUCAGAAAAAAAUAGCAGAAGAUCAAAAUGUGAGUGUAUUUUGCGAGGUUUAUUUUGUAACAGAAGACAAUUGUAUUCUGUAGAUUGAUUGUAGACCCCUAUUCAAUUGUAUUCAAUGGAUUGCGAAUAAUGGAAAAUAUAUGAUUGAUACUAAACAAACUAA